AUGUACUUAUCCGCGUGGGAGGCAAACCAAACUGAUUUUGAACAAAAUCUCCUGGAUUUUGACAUGCCUAGCUAAUUUUCCAAGGAAAAAAGCCGCAUUUUCAUCAAUUCUUUACCCAAAAUUAUACAAAUUUGGUAAAAAUUUCUAUAAAAAUUCCCUAUUAAUAAUAAAUAAAUUUCGUUGGAACCCAUUUGACAUAUCCCUUAUAGAGAAGAGAGAGAGAUCUUCAUCAUUUGUCGAUCUUCUCUCUUCUUCAACGUGCUCAAACAUCGAUGAUUUCAGCUUUGAUCCCUUUGAUUUCGAAUGUAAAUCCCAGCCCAAAGAACCCUCUUUCAAUUCUUCUCUCAGCCCUCACAUUAUAGACGACUACGUCAAUGUUGAGGUUCCUAAAUUGCCAAUUGCUUUUCAAAUUCUGGUACCAACCACAAUGAAACGCAUUGGCACUUUAAGUCCUGAAGAGAGAAAAUUAAAAAUUCUCAGAUACCAAGAGAAAAAGAAAAGGAGACAAUGGGGCAAAAAAAUCAGCUACGACUGCAGGAAGCGGGUUGCUGAUAGGAGAAUAAGAGUUAAAGGACGAUUCAUAGGGAAAACUCAAGCUGCGCCGAUGACUAAUAGUGAUUAG